UCCUUACGAGUUUUUCCCGCGCGCUGUGCAACAACACUAAGAACCUGAAGCAGUGCUAGCAAACACUCUGAAACGACUUUAGUCCCGGUACCGGAUAAUUUACUGCGAGGUUAUGCCAUCUUCAGAUUAUGACUCGGCGUGUCUGCCGGAUUUACUGCCUCUCUACUACCGGCGGUUGUUUCCCUUCUCUCAGUAUUACCGCUGGUUGAACUACGGAGGAGUGCAGAAGAACUACUUUCAGAAUCGGGAGUUCUCCUUCACGCUCAAAGAUGACAUAUAUGUGCGCUAUCAGUCUUUCAGCACGCAGAGUGAGCUGGAGAAGGAAAUGCAGAAGAUGAACCCGUACAAGAUUGAUAUUGGAGCAGUAUACACUCACAGGCCGAGUCAACACAACACGGUGAAGUCGGGAAGCUUCCAGGCGCUGGAGAAGGAGCUGGUGUUUGAUAUUGAUAUGACAGAUUAUGAUGAUGUCAGAAGCUGUUGCAGUGCUGCAGACAUUUGUUCCAAGUGCUGGCCCCUGAUGACCAUUGCUGUUCGUGUCCUGGAUCGAGCUCUUCGAGAGGACUUUGGGUUCCACCACCUACUGUGGGUUUAUUCGGGCAGAAGAGGAGUGCAUUGCUGGGUGUGUGAUGAAGCUGCCAGGAAGCUCUCUGUUACCGCACGCUCUGCUGUUGCAGAAUACUUGAGCCUGGUGAAGGGUGGGGACGAGAUGGUGAAGAAAGUUGUGCUGACAGAUCCUCUACAUCCUUUUAUCACGGAGUCUCUGAAAGUUGUGGAGAAAUACUUUCCACAGUAUGCACUUCAGGAUCAGGAGAUACUGAGCCGCAAGGAAUCCAUCAACAAAGUCUUGGCACUUGUGCCUGAAGAUGUUAGAAAUGAGUUGCUGCGAGACUUCCAAAAUGAGAGGCAUCCAGAGAAGCGUUGGGAACUGGUUAAUGAUCAAGCAAGUAGGAAACAGUCCACUGCCAAGAAAGGACACUACUUUGAGAAAGAAAUCAUGCUUCAGUAUUGUUAUCCAAGGCUCGACGUAAAUGUCAGUAAAGGUGUGAACCAUUUGCUGAAGAGCCCCUUCAGUGUCCACCCCAAAACAGGGCGGAUUUCUGUUCCCAUGGAUCUCAAAGAGCUGGAUUCUUUUGAUCCUUCUGCUGUGCCCACAAUCAGCCUUAUCUGUGAGGAGCUGGACCGGCCCAGAACAGGAGAGGAGGAGCUGGAGGACGUGAAGGAGAACGAGAAGGAUGCGACAGAGAGACGAAAGAUCAGAGAUUACAAAAGAACCAGUCUGGCAAAGUAUGUGAAACUGUUUGAUCGGUUUGUGGAUGGACUUGCGUCUUCGUGGAAAGGAGAACUCCUCAGAAAGAGUGAUCUAGAGAAAGAAUUCUGAACUGGGUCAACAAUCAGAAAGUAAUAUACUUCUGUGGUGGGAUUGUUAGUUGCUCCCUGUUAUUUACUGUCCCACUUUGGAAAUCGUAAAAUUGUAUUAUUGCCAUUUUUCUGAGGAACAGUAAAUUUCCACUUCCAUUGUGUUUUUCUUAUGCGCUUGAUGUGGACUGUUUGUAAUUCAAAUGUUAUAUUUUCUACUUACAUUUUGCUGUUGUACAGUUAUUUCUAAAAAUAAAUUUGAUGUUCCUGUG